CUCUUUUUAUCUUCAUAUAGCCCAGACGACAAAUUAAGCCCCUCUCUCUCUCUCUACUCUCCACCAUGUCUACCAUCUUCUGGAAGAACCUGCUCAAAUGCUUACCCACCACAACCCCAUCUCCAAAUCCACUAACCUUACAGCAAGAACAUGCCCAUCUAUUACAAUCUCCCACUGACCCCGCCGCCGCCACCUCCACCACCACCAACUCAUCAAUUGUGAUCAAGAACUUCAGCUCCCUUUAUGAUCUCUCUCCAGCUUCCACUUCCAAGUCCCUCAGUACUCCCUCCACCUAUUCCUUCUCCUCCUCUGACUCUGACUCCGACUCUGACUCACCUCCUGAUUUCGCUGCCAUCUUCGCAUCCCAGCGGUUCUUCUUUUCAUCUCCUGGCCGCUCCAACUCCAUAAUCGAGCCCCCAGAAACACUACCGGAGACUCAGUCACAACUCAGUGGAGUUGUAGCCGUUAAAAAGUAUUCACCGGAUCCUUACACAGAUUUUAAAUAUUCGAUGCUAGAAAUGAUUGACGCUAGAAAGCUAAAGGACGUGAGGGCUGAUUGGGACUGCUUGCACGAAUUGCUCUCCUGUUAUCUUACAUUGAACCCUAAACACACCCACAAGUUUAUCAUUAGUGCUUUUGCUGAUAUAAUCAUCUCCUUAUUACCCUCAUCUUCGUCAGAAUCCGACAACCUCCAGAAGCCUGAAGGCCGCCGGCGGCAAAAUAUGUCACUUUGGAAAGUAUAAAGUAUUUGUUGAUCAGUAAUAUCUUUCUUCUUUUUUCCUUUUUUUUUUUUUGUCGGCUGUCAAGAAAUGUUAGCGUAGUUGUCUUUUUAACUUUUUUUUUAUUCCCUUGUUUAAUGGAACUACUUUAAUCAGUGGUUUCAUGCAAGAAGACAAAGGUGAAAUGUAAUUUGUUAAUUUGGAAACCAAGGAAGCGUGGGUUGUGUUAA